AUGAGCCGAAGAACCAAACCUGGAGGCCGAGGACAGCAGGAAAAUGUGUCUUCUUGCCUCCUUGAGGAACUUGAAAACCAGCAAGUGUUCGAUCUUUUGGGCAGAAAAUGCACGACCAUGGUCACAACAGUGGCCCAACUCUUUCUGGCUUUGCCUCAGAGCAGCAGAAACUGGUCCAAGCAAAGUUCUGGAGUGCUGUGUUUCGUAAAGGAUGUCUCUAAACGUUCUUACUUCAUCCGCUUGUAUGAUCUUAAGCAGCAGAAGAUGACCUGGGAGCAAGAGUUGUACAACCAGAUGGUUUAUGUUGCUCCCGCAACCUUUUUCCACACUUUUUUAGGAGAUGAGUGCAGUGUGGGACUAAACUUUGCUGAUGAACAAGAGGCACAAUCUUUUCAACAAAUGGUGGAAGAGAAGAUUCAGAAGAGGAACCAGAGGGAUAACAGACAAUUGCCCCCGCCACCCCCUCCAGUGAACGGCGGUAUGUAUCCCCUUCUGGUUGAGGAGGGAGGGAGGGAGGGAGGUUCCCCUUCCUCUCCAAUGUCUCUGGCAACUGUUGAUAUACAGAAUCCUGACAUCACUUUUUCCCGCUAUCGUGGUCUCCCAGUCCCAACUGCGGUAGAUAAGAAGAAGGGCAAAAAGAAGAUUUCUAAGGCUGACAUUGGUGCUCCUUGUGGAUUUAAGCACAUCCAGCACAUUGGAUGGGAUCCCAGCAGUGGAUUUGAUUUGAACGAUUUGGACCCUGAUUUGAAGACAUUCUUUUCUAAGGCGGGAAUCAGCGAUGCUCAGUUGACUGAUGCUAAGACUUCAAAGAUUAUCUAUGAUUUCAUUGAAGGUCAAGGAGGGUUGGAAGCUGUCAAGGAAGAACUGAGACGACAAGGUCCAAGUCAUCCCCCACCCCCACCCCCACAUCGUGCGAGCCCUCAUCCCCCAACUAGUGGGCAAGGCCGAAGUGGUCCUUUACCACCUCUCCCAGGUGCUCCUAUGAUAUCAAAUAGGGGAGAUGUCCCCUCCCCACCACAAUCUUCUAGGCGACCUCCCUGCCCCCAGGGGGGACCACCUCUACCCACUUCACGUUCUGGAUCACAUCCUCCUCCACCACCCCCAUUAGCAUCAGGCCCACCUCCACCACCACCCCCUCCACCACCCCCUCCUUCAUUCCAGGGUUCUGCACCAUGCCCCCCUCCUCCUCCUUCUGGAGGGCUUGGAUCACUGGGGACCCAGCCGCCUGCUAUCUCUUCAGGGCGUGGUGCACUGCUGGACCAGAUACGCCAAGGAAUACAGCUCAACAAGACACCCGAUGUUGUGGACUCUCCACCUUCCAUGCAGAGUCCUGAAGGCCUGGUAGGGGCUCUUAUGCAUGUGAUGCAAAAGAGGAGCAAAGUCAUUCACUCUUCAGAUGAAGGUGAAGACAAUGGCGAUGAAGAUGAUGAUGAUGAAUGGGAUGACUGAGCCUAGAAAUGCACCCUACACGAAGUUUGAUCCUUCUUUCAACCUGUUGCCAGAGGCAUUUAAUUGGAUGAUGACUCUGCUAUAAUGCUCCCCUCCCCAUCUCUGCAGAUACUUCUGGAAUCCCAGUAAGGCAGAGGCAGCUCUGCUUUAAUGAGGGCAGCAAAGGGGUUAAUUUUUCCAUCCUCCUUUUCAAAAUCACUUAGGCCUAAGCAUAUUCUCCUCCCCCACCUGUGCACCUGGAUGCCUUUGACAGUUUUAGAAAGUAAGAUUGUAAUCCUCUCUCUUUCAGCCCUCCAAUUUUGACCAUUCAUAAUCUCCUGCAU